AGCUGGAGAAGGUGAAGGAAACCUUGAAGAUGGCGAGGGCCCCCCGCGCAUGCCUCUCCGACACCUCUCGUCGCGCAUGGGGCCCGUUUCCGUGGGGGGCGGACAGGAGUCGCCGCCAGAAUGGCGAGCUCGAUGCGGGUCUGCACCGCAUGGUCGAAGGGGCCUCAGGGGCACGGCUACGACGUGGUGGAGGCUCCACAGGCCCGACGGGCUCCAGAGCAAGCGACGACGUUCCAGCCGAGGGCCCCGUGCACAGCGCCGUCGAAGUCGCUCAAGGGAUGGAAGACGCACUGCAAGACGAUCGCGGAGGCGGAGAUGAGAGUGGUGAGCGCUCCAGGCGCCAGGAGCAGCAGUGACGUCCGCUUGACUGACCCAGAGAUCGCGG